CACCAGAACACAUACACAGCAGCAGAAUGCUCUCACUUCUGUGUACUCCUAUCUUUCUGAUAUCCACAGCUAUUUUCCUGAAUGGAGGCCAGUGUGACAUAACCAGACCAUUCCUAAAGUAUUAUGAGACCCUGUCAUAUGAUAGGGAUAGACUCCUUCAACAUCACCAGAGAUCAAAAAGAGCGACAAAUGAAGAGGAAAGAAUAAUAUAUCUAGAGCUUUUUGCAUACAACAGGAAAUUUGAAUUGAUGUUAAGAAGAGAUAAAAAUGUUUUUGCAGCUGAUUUUGAAGUGAUUUCUGAAAAUGGGCCUCUACCAAUGGAUAUCUCAUUUCUAUAUACUGGAAAACUGAGAGAUGAGAAUGAUUCAUUCUGUCAUGGUUCUAUCAUCAAUGGUCAUUUUCACGGUUCUAUAGAAACAACAAAUGGCACAUUUUACAUAGAAUAUGAAGAGAUUAACAAUGGCACAGUUGACUCAUAUAUAUAUCAUGAGACAGACAUUGACUACACUCUAAUGAAAGAUGACAAUGCUUUUGAAAUUAAUUUAAAAAAAUAUAAAUUUUUGGAGAAAAUGAAAUGGAAAUCAAAGGAAAAAUCUGUCAGGAGGCCUAAGAGAAGUGUGGAUUUGUCUCGUACAACGUGUCUUCUCCAUUUGAAAGCUGACUACUUAUUUUUUAAAAGAUUUCAAAACUUACAAGAAGCAAUUUCUCAGAUUGCUGGAUAUUUGAUGUCAGUAAAUGCAAUCUUUGAACAAGUAAACUUUAAUGGCAUCAGACAUAUUAACUUUAAAGUAAAAGUGUUAAAUAUAAUUCAGGAGGAGCAGCCUGAUAGUGUGAUGCAUUCUGCUUUUAUUGGCCCAGAGAAGCUUCUAAUGUUACAUUCGGCAUCCAACUGGAACAGUGUCUGUUUGUCAUACUUACUAACAAACAGAGAUUACAAUGGGCUCCUUGGCCUUGCAUGGAUUGGACUUGAAGGGAAUGGUGGAGGCAUAUGCUCUAAAUUUUCCAAAUUAAACAAAAGUAUUGAUAUACUGGAGUCACGAAAUACUGGAAUUAUUACAAUACAAAAGUAUGGAUAUUACUUACCUCCAAGACUUAUUCAUAUUACACUGGCACAUGAAUUGGGCCACAGCUUGGGAUCUCCUCAUGAUGAAAGUCAACAGUGUGAACAAUUCAGUGCUACCAACCUGAAUGGAAAUUAUUUGAUGUUUCCAAAAGCCAUGGAUGGAAAUCAGUACAAUAAUGACAAAUUCUCCCCCUGUUCAGUCCAUUACAUUGGGUCUCUCCUGAAAGUCAAAAAGGAUCAGUGUUUUAUUGAGAGUGACAUACCUACAUGUGGCAAUCAAAUAGUGGAAGAUAAGGAACAGUGUGAUGUAGGGUAUAAAGACAAUGACCCCUGCUGCUACAGUGCCAAUGCAGGAGAAGGUUUACAAUGUAUGUUAAAGCCUGGCAAACAGUGCAGUCCCAGUCAAGGAAUGUGCUGCAGUCAGUUGUGCUCGUAUAAACCUAAAGGAGAACGCUGUCGCGAGGAGACCGAGUGCACAGUGGAAAGUUUCUGCUCAGGAGAAUCUGCCAGAUGUCCAAGAUCUACCCCCAAAAAUAACUACACUUUGUGCAACUAUGGAACAAGGAUAUGUCUGAAUGGGAUGUGUCUUCAAUCAAUCUGUGUAAAAUACGGUUUAGAACAAUGCGACUGUAAUAGUCUGUCUGUGUAUGAGAUGUGCCAACUCUGCUGUCAAAAUCCAGGUGAUGAGGAUUCCUGUAAAAGCACAUAUUCCACACAGCUGCAACAUCUUUUUGGGAGGACAGUCAUCGUACUUCCUCCUGGCACACCGUGCGGACAAAGGCAAGGAUAUUGUGAUAAAUUUCAUGUCUGCCGACUUGUUGAUGCAGAUGGGCCAAUUGCCAGACUCAAAAAUACUUUCUUGAAUUUGAUAGAGUUUGACCCUGCAGCCUGGAUGAAGACACGUUGGUGGGCCAUUCUUCUAAUUAUAUUAACAAUGGCGGCUAUGAUUGUUGGAACAAUAUAUAUUCUUGGCAGAACUCUGGAUUCUAAUAAAGCAAAAGAACAGAGCAAGAAAACAACUGGAAGUAAUGUUUAUACCAGAGAAGAUGUUUACUGGGAAGAAGAUGAUGAUGAGUAUAUUGAGUGA